GAACAAAAACCAAGGCCGGGGAAUGAAAAGCUAAGGUGGUGGCAUUGCUACCUCACUAACUCCAUAAACAGUCAAUAGUUAUCAAUGAAGGUAACCAUCUAUCAUCCCCGCUCUCCAACGUUGCAUCAUGGAUAGCUAUACUAUCUACUAGACUUCCGACGAUCAUUGAGUUAUCUAUCAGCCACCAUGGAUACCUAUGUAUGUCGGCAGGGAAGGUACCGAGAUAUAUCAAAGAUGGGGAUCAUAAAUAUAAUCAUGGCCAUGUCACCUCACGGGGAGGAAAAGGUAGAGUCUAGGCACCCCCUGAUUCCUUGGUAAUCUUCAUAAUAUAUUCGCUGCAUAUAUAUACCUAUACAUGUAGUAACUCUUAAUCUACCCACCGCCGUUACUUCUAAAUAAUGCGAAGAUGUUACUUCACCUAUAUUGCGUAUGGUUAACCACCUUAUGCAACGCCGUUCUUGUAGCCUCGAGACUCGUGGGAAUACCUACUGUUCCCUUUACCGCUUCCAAUGACGGUACUUACUCCAUCGCGUCCCUGAAAGCGCUGGUGGUGGACGCCAAAUUUGCUGAAAGUCGUGAUGAAUCCGGCGAGACACUGAUCCCACCCAGCUUACAAGAGUUUGCCAAAACAUUCGCGGAUGAUCUUCGUAGCACCCUGAACAUUGAUGUUGAGGUUUCUACUGCUGAAGAGAGCGCUCCAGAUGCUAUCUUCCUCACUCUGGGAGAUUCUAGCAAGUACGCCUCUGCAAGCGGCGCCCAGACACAUGAAGGCUACACACUUUCGGUCACUUCUACAGGAAUCGUCAUAUCAGGCGCAAGUCCUUUAGGUGUGUGGUGGGGAACGCGGACCAUCUUGCAACAGGCCGCUCUUUCGGAGGGCUCGUUACCCUAUGGAGAGGGGGACGACGCGCCUGGGUGGUCGAUUCGGGGCAUGAUGCUUGACGCCGGCCGGCAUUAUUACCCGCCAGAGUUUAUCAUUGAAAUGUGUUCUUAUAUGAGCUUUUUCAAACAAAACACCUUCCACCUGCAUCUUAGCGAUAAUCUAUACAAUAAUGUUGCUAUAUAUUCGAGAGAGGAGUCUUUAGACUUAUACGCUCGAUUUCGUCUAUGGUCUGAUUCUGAAGAUCUUGCCGGACUGAACAAGUAUCAGAACGAGUCUUACACCAAAGACCAGUUCGAGGGAAUCCAAUCUGCUUGCGCUUCCCGAGGAGUAACUAUCAUCCCGGAGAUCGAGGCACCCGGACAUGCUCUUGUGAUAAUUCAGUGGAAGCCGGAGCUUGGACUGGCAAAUGAUUUGUCACUUUUGAAUAUCUCGCAUCCAGAUACAAUCCCCACCAUGAAAACCAUCUGGAGCACAUUCCUCGGUUGGUUCCACUCCAAAACCGUCCACAUUGGCGCAGAUGAGUACACGGGAGAUCCCAACGACUACAACACAUUUGUCAACGAAAUGGCAGACUAUAUAUACCAGGAGUCCGGAAAAUCCAUGCGAAUCUGGGGCACUUUCCCCCCUAAACCCGAAUACGCCAACGUCGACCAGAACGUCUCCGUACAACACUGGACUUUCAGCGCGGACAACCCGUACUACGACUACAUCCUGAACAACUACUCCGUCCUGAACUCCGACGACACCUACUACGUCGUCAACAAGUACUCCGGGAGCUACCCGCAGGUCGUCAACAUCGCGCGGACAUUCACCGGCGACCCGGCGACGGGCGGGAUAUGGCAGCCGAACGUGUUCGACGCGAAAGUCGCCGCCAACAACCCCGAGCGCUCCAACGCCCUCGUCCUCGGCGCCGUCGCACCCCUCUGGAACGACUACGGCGCCAACGCGUCCGUCUUCUCCGAAGCCUACUACGCCUGGAAAGACGGGAUCCCCGCGCUGAGCGACAAGCAAUGGGGCGGCGAUCUCUCAGAGCCGGAGUUCUCCGAGGCACUCCCGAGCCUCCUGCCAUACAUACCCGGCCAGAACCUCGACCGCGCGAUCCGCUCGGACGCGGGCUCGACAAUCUUCGACUACGACCCCCGCAAGUCCGCGCAGCGCACGCAGCACUUCUCGCCCAUCGCCACCUGGGAGGACACCACCGUCGCCGACGCCUCAGGCAACGGAUACGACGCCACAACCACCUGCGCCCUCUCCGACGACGACUCCACCCUGCUCAUCGAACCCUCCUGCUCCUUCGACACCCCGCUCAUCUCCAAAGGCCGCGACUACACGCUCACCCUCAAGCUGCGCAUCGACUCCGUAACCGCAACUCCGGGCGGCAACAACGAUGCCACCCUCAUCUCCGGCACCGACUCCGCGCUCCUGCUAACCUCCACCCUCACGCUCUUCGCGUCGGGAAACUACUACCGCCUUGACUCGUCCCUACCCCUAGGCACCUGGCUCGACCUGUCCCUCAUCGGGCGCGGGAACCAGACUUUCGCCGUCGUGCAAGAGGCCGCCCUGGAUGAGCCGUUGCCGGAGGCGGGGAAAGUGGUCGGUGGGGAGCAGGAGUUUUUGGCGGCGCUGGGGAUCAAUGGCGAGAGGAUGGUGUCGACGCCUAUCGCGGUCGAGGCGCCGGUGCAGAGGGUUGGGGGGGAGGGUUCCGGAUGGACGGGGAGGUUGGCGGGGAUGAGGUUGAGCUCGGUGGCGUGAUGUGGGUGGGUGGUGCCUAGUAAGGCACCUGCUUGCCUGUCAACUUUGAGGCGGCAUUUAUCUUGGCUAGGAAAUUAGGGC